UGAUAAUAUAAACGGAUUUAUGACUCCCACAUCUAUAAAAGUAAAGCGUAGUAACUCUCAGAGUCUUGGGACAUACGAUCAAAACUUCGAAUCUUCAAAUUAUCAUUUAGCUUCUCAACCAACAUUAAAAUCUAAAGGAAUUGCCAAUCAUAAUAAGGAUCAAGAUGCUUUAAGUCAGGUUCAUCAUAUUACCUAUAGUAAUCAAAUAACACCCCCUUACUUUCAAAGUUUUUUGAAUCAGCCAAAUAUUGCAAACAAGUUUAAUACCAUUUCCAGAGGAACAGAACAUAAAUCUCUCGCAAAACAUCAAUACAAAUUUCAUCCUGAAUAUACUGAAUUUCCUUCUAGUGUACCUGUAUAUCAUUCUAUGGUACAAAUACCUAUCCAAACUAUCACUACGAAUCAUCAUAAUCCAAUCCAACAAGCAGGAUCACAAUAUGCUCCAUAUACGGCACAAUUAGUACAGAAUUUAAGGGCUUUAGAACCCGUUUCCAAGAAUUUCACACCAUUGAACCGAAAUAUACAUCAGCAACCAUAUCAUCAGCACCAAUUAAACACCUAUUUCCAGAAUAUUGAUCAUCAGCCUUUCAGUAACGUCCAGUAUUCAACACUUCCGAAAGUUGAAAUAAAUGGUAAGAAAAUUACACUGCCAAUUUUACAAUUGCAAGCUAAUCAACAAUUUCCCGGUUAUGUUCAAACAAUCGAACCAAGUCCAGUGAUAUUUAGUUCUGAAAAUGCUUUACAGUAUAAAACUAAUCCAAAUUUUGACAUAUCUGUCGAUUUUAUUCAGCCGAAAAAUAUUAAUAACAAUUUGAGAACAAACUUAAAUAUACCGGUUACUUCAUUACCAUAUAAUUAUGGUUCAAGAUUGACACAAAUUCUUCCACUUCGAAGCUCAAGUAGCACUGCGCAAUUUCCGAAGUUUAAAGGAGCCAGUAUUGGACAAUUACCAAAUAGAGCGUCUUCGAAAUAUCCCAAUGAUUAUCAGGAGUUCAAAUUACAAACUCAGUUACAUUUUAAUGGAAAUUUAAAUAAUAAACCAAAUAAUAUUAUAAAACAUGAGUUAUAUAAGAGACCGUUGGAAGAAAUAAGAACAGAUGUUGAGGUUAUCAAUAAAAAAAAACCAAUACCACCUUUACCUAAAGAUGACGACGAUGACGACGAUGAUGAAAGUUCUGAAAAUGGUAGCGAUGAAGGUUUGAAAAACACGGACAGUUACUUUCCAAAAUAUGAAUACGAUGAAUUUCCCGGAUUAUCACGAAAAUAUGUUAAAUUAUCUCACUUACAAGGUGAUUUUUAUCCAUCUAAAUUAGUUCCUCUGAUUAAUAAUGAUGAUGAUGAGGAGGACGAUGAUGAGAAUGUGAAUUUGGCGGCCAAAUAUCGUUAUCGUGUAAAGUCUAACUACGAUGAUGAUGGUAAUCUUAAUGAUGAUGAAGAGCGUGAUAGUGUUGAGGAUGCAUCUCAAAGUAAAUAUACAACGCAAUCAACGCAAGAAAAAUUCGAGAAUCAAUCUAGUAAUGAAAAUAGCGAUCAAGAGGAGGAUAUACUACAACAAGAUAAAAGGGAGAAGAUAGUGGCGUUUGAUCAGGCACAAAAAAAAUAUAAUAUAGAACUGGAUAAAACAUUCAGAAAGAAGCAGAAUAAAUUUAAUCCGCCCAGUCACCAAAUAAAGGACUACGUAAAAUCAGAAGAAACUCAAGAUCCUCCGUACGUUAAACAUUGGAUGGACGAUAAACUUGAAAUGCCUGGAAAAUCAUCUAAAAGGACACAAUAUAAUUAUCAUGACGCAAACGAUGACCCAUCUAUCAAAAGUUCCUCAUUAUCGAGUUCAAUACGACACUUUCCGCAGAAUGAUAAAUUAUUUGAUAGCGUUGGCCACGAUAAAAGCCAAACAAUAUCAAAGAAAAUUAAAUCACCUCAAAUUGUUUGGCAAGAGUCAUAUGGACUGAACGCUAACAGUCGCGUCGAUGAAAGGGAGUAUCCGACUCUACGAAAAAAGAAAUCUGAAGAUGUUAUUAGUCCUGCAAAGACCAGAAAAUUACCACAAGAACGUCUGGCGAUAUUAUCCUUCAAAGCAUCAACGAACGUGCCUAAACAACUAAUCAAAACUGAUAGUGGAUCUUCGGCAUUGAGUUCUCAUCCUCUUUGGAAAUUCGAGGAUACCUAUACUAGAUCGUCUAAGCCAACUCCAAGAUCUUUAGUUCAAAUGAAACAAGAUCUUUCUGAUUCACUUUCAGGUCACGCCGAGAUUUACUCGAAUAGUAAACAAACUUAAACUAUUCUGUACGAUAUU